GGAGGAGAUUGAGUUUAGUGCUGGAAAUGUGCAGUGUUGAAGGGAAAGGGAAGAAGGAAGGGAUGAGAACGGGGAUAAUGAAAGGCGGCGGUGGCGGAGGGGAGAGAGUGGAGAAGCUCAAGAGCUCGGGAAUGAAGCUGUGGAUGAUACGCGCCACCACAUCGGUGUUGCUUUGGACUUGCAUCGUACAAUUAACGGCCGUAGGGGAGAUGUGGGGACCACGCGUCCUUAAGGGCUGGCCUUCCUGUUUCAGUCACCAGGAUUCAUCCUUCUCCGUUAUUGAAGACGCAGUCCCUUCCGUUCCCGCUAGUGUACUUCCUCCCAAAAGAAUAUAUAAAAACAAUGGUUACUUGAUGGUUUCAUGUAAUGGAGGUCUCAAUCAAAUGCGAGCAGCUAUUUGUGAUAUGGUUACCAUUGCAAGAUAUUUGAAUGUCACACUUAUAGUUCCGGAGCUCGAUAAAACGUCUUUCUGGGCUGACCCCAGUGAAUUUCAAGAUAUAUUUGAUGUCCGUCAUUUUAUUACAUCAUUGAGAGAUGAGGUUCGUAUAUUGAAGGAGCUGCCUCCAAGGCUUAAGAGGAAAGUCCAAAUGGGGAUGGUGUAUUCCAUGCCACCAAUUAGCUGGUCUCAUAUAUCCUACUACCGGAACCAGAUUCUUCCUCUGAUACACAAGUAUAAAGUUGUACAUUUGAAUAGAACUGAUACUAGACUUGCCAACAAUGGGCAACCUUUAGAUGUUCAGAAGCUGCGAUGUCGCGUAAAUUUUAGUGCUUUGAGAUUCACUUCUCAGAUAGAGGACUUAGGCAAAAGAGUUAUUAAGCUUCUGAGGCAAAACGGUCCUUUUAUAGUACUUCAUCUUAGAUAUGAAAUGGACAUGUUGGCAUUUUCGGGCUGUACCCAAGGUUGCAACAAUGAGGAGGUGGAGGAGUUGACAAGAAUGAGAUAUGCUUAUCCCUGGUGGAAAGAAAAGAUAAUAAAUUCUGACUUGAAAAGGAAAGAUGGUUUGUGCCCUUUGACACCCGAGGAAACUGCCCUCAUAUUGAGGGCGCUGGACAUUGAUAAUAGUUUUCAAAUCUAUAUUGCAGCUGGUGAAAUAUAUGGUGGAACUCGGAGAAUGGAAAGUCUUGCUGCUGCUUAUCCCAGAUUGGUUAGAAAAGAAACUCUAUUGGAGCCAUCAGACCUUGGGUUUUUUCAAAACCAUUCGUCCCAGAUGGCGGCCUUAGAUUAUCUUGUUUCAUUGGAGAGUGAUAUUUUUAUUCCUACAUACGAUGGAAACAUGGCUAAAGUUGUUGAAGGCCAUCGCAGAUUUCUGGGAUAUAAGCAAACAGUUUUAUUGGACAGAAGUCUUUUGGUUGAUCUGAUAGACCAGUACAAUAGUGGAUCCCUAAGUUGGAAUGAGUUCUCAAAUGCUGUGAAAGAAUCUCAUGCAAGUCGCAAGGGGCAACCAACACGAAGAUCGGUGAUUCCCGACAAACCUAAAGAAGAGGAUUACUUCUAUGCGAACCCAGAAGAAUGCUUGCAACCAUCACAUGGUCAACUGAGUAGCACAUGAUCUUUUUUGUCUGGGAAUCAUAAUGAGUAUCAGUGCUUUUCUCUAGCCUGCUAGGGCAUCAUACUUGAAACCUAACGAUAGUUUCUCUACACAGUAUGACUACAAUGAAGGUUUUUCUUCCUAGGAUUGAGUUCCGUAGAUCAUUGGAGAUUGUAGAACCUGAAGAAAGCCUGAGAGGGUCUGGUGAAGUAACCAGUGGACACAACAUUUAAUAUAUGCAAAUAACAAGAAUCAUGUAUGGAAGAGCUGCCCCGCGAUUAUAGGUUAAUAUCAGAUCAAAACGUGUUGUACACGAGGGAUGCAAGUAUGAAUUUGGGAUUAUCGAGGCUGGAUUGGAAGGUUAAUCCCUUACCCUUUUGUCUUGCA